AUGAUACGUCGCUACGAGGACGACGCUUACAUUGAGGAGGUAAAGAGGCAGUUGGUCUGCUAUGGCCCAGACCUUUCGAACGAGGUGGUCCACCAAGUAAUGUGCCAGUUGAGUGCUGAGAACAGUGCGGCAAUGGCCUUUGAGCGACAACUGUGGAGGUUGAGGAUAUGGACACCUAGUCUCCAGCGUCAGUGCAAGUUACAGGGAGCCGAAGGUGUCGUCCUUCCUCCCCAGUGGCAGUGCAAGUUACAGGGAGCCGAAGGUGUCGUCCUUCCUCCCCAGCGGCAGUGCAAGUUACAGGGAGCCGAAGGUGUCGUCCUUCCUCCCCAGCGGCAGUGCGAAUUCCAGGGGGUCGAAGGUGUCGUCCUUCCCCCCCCAGCAGCAGUGUGUCCUACAGGGAGCAGAGACAGUUGGACAAUGUUAUGGGAGUGGAGACAGGCGGUCUCCCUCUCCAGCGGCAGCCUGUGUUUCAGGGAGAAGAGCACAGCACCCUAUCUCCCCAGCGGCAGCUUACCCUACCAAGGGAAGACACCAAUCUCCCAGAUGGCGCAGAUGGGACCGUGGUCUCUGUGCCUGACCUACAGGGAUGCUGGACAGCCUGUCCAGAUCCCCAACUACCCUCACAGGGACAACAGGAAGAGGGGGUAAGUACGAAUUCCCCUCCCCAGCUAACUCCUAACUUGGCCCCAGGGUUAACAGGGGAGAUGUUAACCCCCACUGACCCCCACGUUCCCCUGGCUACUGAGCCGGACUAUGUCCCAAGCCCCCAGCGGAAGAGCUGGCAGCUGGGCAGAGUGCAGUCGGCCUCUGCCCUCCCUUUGUCCCUUGUCCAGAGCCUGAUGUCCUGCAGGCUAUACCAGCAGAAGAGCUGGCAUCAGAGCAGACCGCCGCUGGCCUCUGCCCUACCGAUCCCCUUGUCACAGGACUGGCCUUCACCCCCUUCCUCCCAGCAGGAGCGCUGGCAUCAGGGCAGAGCGCCGCUGGCCUCUGCCCCUCAAGUCCCCACAGCGUGUUGCCCCAUCACCCCAGAGGAAUACCCAGGUGCAGUCACUGUUUGCUGUGGGUGGGCUGCUCUAAUAACUGUUUGUUGUGGGUGGGCUACUCUGGCACUUGCUUAUGGUCGGUGGGUGACUCGACUAACUUAGGCACUGACCGACAGAAAGUCAGGUGCCUGGUUAGUCUUCCCCCCGAAGGGGAGAUAUGUGACGAAGUGCCCUUCGCCACUUGGUCCUAGAGAGGCCUACUUGCCAGCCUCCUCCCCUGUGUCUAUGACUCUUUCAUGUAUCUGGCUUUAAAGCACCUAGUCUACCUUCAGACAGACUAUUUAUGUAGGCUGCUUUAUUUAUCUUAUGUUUUAGUCACCCUGUACCCAUUAUAGGUGCAGGGUAUGUGUAAUGUAAUUGUUUAUAGUGUGUGUGUGUACUGUGUAAUGUAUUGCCUGCUCUCUUGUAUUGCUGAGGUUUGCUACCAACUAGGUGGGUUUGGCUAUGGAGCUUGUCUAGUGCCCUCUGUUGGUAGCAACAGCAAUAUGCACUACCUGAAUUGCAAGACUGGUUCAUUUGCAUAUUCAGGUAGAUUUGCAUAUUGCUAAUUCUGCAGGCAGGUGAGAUAUUUACUGUUAAAUAUUGUCUCCCCCCACCCCUUUAAAAAUGUGCCAUUGUGUUGUGAUAAGUCACUGUGUGUUGCUUGAUAUGAUUUGACUGUUUGUGAUUUUAUUGAGGUUUCACAACAAUGUUAUUGUGGUGACCCUAUUGGCUUGGCCCAAGGGAAAUAAAGGUUUUGACAGUUCUUCUUGAUCCCUCUAAACGUAGCCUUGUCUCGUUAUUGGAGGGAGCUGUUAUAAUCACACUGGGGAUUGCUAUGCUCUGCAUGCUCCCCUGAGCUUGAGUCACUUAGCUCUUUUAAGAGCUUGUUCCUGACACGAUCUCCUUGGAGGAGGGGUCUUCAACACACAGUCCUGGAGGACAGAAGCUGAUCCAGGGUGGAAGGAAGACGGCGAGACUCCAGUCAAGAUACGGCGGUUGCGGAGUCUGCGGUGGUUGUGGUGUCUGCUGCAGUGCUUGGGAGUCCUCAGGAAGCGCUAGGAGCAUCCAUCAACGGAGGGUACUCAGUCGGAGUACAAGGAGCUCCAUUACACUCCACAUAGGGUGUAUAUGGUGGAGACUAUUCGCCUAACUUUAUUACACCAUUUAAGCCUUUCAUUUCCCCAGAUCAUUGUUUGAUCCUUAACCCCUGAAGUGCUGGAAAGGAGGAAAAAAGGGGGCCACUGUACAUGGGGUCUGGACUGUUCAAUUUGGGACUUUUUUGUUGAAAACACUGUACAUAUAAUGAGAAAACAUUUUUUUCUGAUUGACUGCAUGUUCUUUUUAAUUACAUUUCUGUGGUGAAUAAGUUCUACAAACACCUUUACUCUCCAGUUGGAGAGCUUUCUAAAAAUUGUGCACUAACUCACUGUUAAAUGUACUGUUAGAGUAUUGGUUAAUUGUUUAGAGACUCAUCCAGUGUCUGUUGCAUUAUAGUUAGAGGAGGAUUUAACGGGAUAUCUUGGUACUGUGUGGUAUGUAUAGAAAGGUUCAGUUCUUCUCGCUGAUCAUUUGAAAUAGAUCUUCUAUUUGUCACUUUGGUUUUUGGGGAGUAAAAGGUGUUGAUACCUUUGUGUAUUUCUAAAGUUGUAAUUUUUUCUUUAUCUUUUUUUGGAGUAAUUUUCCCCUUUUUUAAAAUCUUUUUUUUUUUCUUUUUUUAUCCUUAUUUUUUUUUCUCCUUCUUUCUCACAGUUUUUUUCCCUUUAUCUUUUUUCUUUUUUUCUUUCAUCCUUUCCCCUUUUCUUUCUUCCUUCUUUUCUCUUUUAUCCCUUUCUCUUCCCUUUUUAGCUAAUCUUUUCAUUCUUUUUCUUUUAGCCUUCCUCUUCUAAUAUUCCUUUAAUUCUCUAUUUUCUUCACUUGUGCUUUUUUUCCCCUUACGUAGAUCUGUUUUCAUAUAGCUCUUAGGUCUUUGCUUCUUAGUUUCUUGGAAUCGAAUAGAGGCCUUCUCAAUUCCAAACUCUGCUUCUUACUUAUUCAGCAAACUAAAAGGAAUCUUUUGAUAUAAUGUAAUCUCAGUCAUAUAGCUAUAUGUGUUUAAUGAAUUCAUAUAAAUGAUAAUUGGCAUCAAAAUAUGCUGAGUGACUUUAGAAUAUUUUUGUAGCACCGGCCAAUAUAUAACCAGGAGACACCCUGGAAGAAUUUCCCAUAAUAGAUAUAUCGCCAAGCUACUUUUGAUAUAGAUGGUGCUUAUUAAGUUCAUCAAAAUAAGCUGGGGAAGGUUCCCCUUAGCAGGGGUGUCAACGAUAGGAUGACCUGCCCGCAAAACUAAAUUAAUGUCAGGAAACCGACCCUCACCGAUUCGUAGAGUACUUCUUCUCCCGUCCUCCUGUCCUCCCACUCAAUUGGGGAGUUCAGUAGGACCUAUAAUGUACUGUGCUGGUUGUCCUCCGGCCCUUUGAUAUUCAGUAAUCAGUAUACAUUGUUCACUUCCGGCGGAACGUGCAUGCUACGUCAUACUACGCCCCGUCUACCAAGAGGUUAGGAACAGCAUUUAUGAUUGGCAAGAAAAGGUUAGUAACAUAAUGUAGAAUUGCAUAUAAGGUUAGGGAUAUAAUGUAGGUUUGAAUAGAAGAGGUUAUAGACAUAUAUUAGGACUGAAGAGAAGAGGUUAGUGACAUGAUGAAGGGUGGACGAGAAGAGAACUUGUUGGUGCUUUAUAAAUAAUAAAUAAUAAUAUAGUAUAAGACUGCAUAGGCAAUGUUAGGAAUAUUGUGGGAAAAUUAUCAAACUAUCGCCCACACUUUCACACCAGAUUUUCAAUAAAUUUUCGGCACAAUUUAUUAAAUCUGUUGAAUUGCUUCAUUUGUUGAUAUAUUUAUUUUUGCACUAUAACCAUUAUUUUUUAAUAUGAUUUUUUUGCCACUAUAAAUUUAAUAAAAAAUAAAUUUCGACAAAAAAUUGGGGAAUUUACUAUUAAGAAAAUUGUCCCUUUUUAUGUCAAUUUAAUAAACAUGAUCAAAAUGUAACAACCACUUUUCCGAACACGUUCAUAAGUAUCCCCAAUGGUGUAGUAUUGCAGAGAAGAGCACAUUGAAAGGUAUCAGGGAUCUGUUCAGCUACAAGAUGUGAAUGUGAUUCCAGCUCCACACUGUCCACUAGGGAUGAGGUUCAACUCCAGCUCUCUCCAGUAAAGGCAGGAAAAGGGAGGCUGGGUUGACAUUUUUUUUAAAUAUUAAUAAUCACAACAACAACAACAACACUUUAACCCCUUAAGGACCGCGGACGGUUUAGGACCGUCAUCAGCAUUUUUCCAUUGCCGACCGCUGACGGUCCUGAACCGUCCUAACGGUCUUAGUUACUUACCUGAUCGCCGUCGCUCCCCCAACGGUGAUCAGCGGUGCUCCCGUUGUGGGAAGACUGCCUGCAGCCCAGACAGUCUCCCCACACUGGAUUAGGACCCCUGUGGCCAUGUGAUCGCUCAACACAGCGAUCACAUAGUCACAAUAGGUGUCCAUGUGUCUGCCUGCAGGGGGACUGCCUGUGCUGACACCAUUUGCAAAAGAAGACAACCCAAGGUAUUGCAAAUAGGGUAUGUCCAGUCUUUUUUAGUGACCACUUAGUCACAAACACUGGCCAAAAUUAGCGUUCAGUUUAGCUUAUUACUUUUUUCACACACAAACAAAUAUGAAUACUAACUUUGGUCAGUGUUUUCGACUAAGUGGCUACUAAAAAAGACUGGACAUACCCCAUAUUGAAUACCCUGGGUUGUCUACUUUAAAAAAAAAUAUGUACAUGUGGGGUGUUAUUCAGAGAUUUAUGGCAGAUAAUAGUGUUACAAUGUUACUAUUGAUACAUUUUAAAAAUGUAUGUUUUAAAACCGCAAUAUCCUACUUGUACCUAUAGCUCUAUAACUUGUAAAAAAAGCAAAAAAGCACGUAAACACUGGGUAUUUUUAAACUCAGGACACAAUUUUGAAUCUAUUUAGCAGUUUUUUUCAUUCGCUUUUGUAGAUGAGUAAAUGAUUUUUCAAGUAAAAGUAAAAAAACAUGUAUUUAUUUAAAUUUUUCAUCAUUUUUUUAUUUUUUUAAAAUUAAAUUACAUGAGAUUAUAUAAAUAAUGGUAUGUAAAGAAAGCCCCUUUUUGUCCUGAAAAAAAAACAAUAUAUAAUUUGUAUGGGAACAGUAAAUGAGAGAGCGGAAAAUUAUAGCUAACCACAAACACCACAAAAGUGUAAAAAUAUGCCUGGUCGCAAAUGUACAACAUUGAAAAAAUUAAUCCGGUACUUAAGGGGUUAAAUUAUGUGUGCAACAAAAACAGAAAAUAUGAGAACUACUGCGUUCCUCACAGCUUUUGUAUGUUUUCAGAGUUCUCAUAUUUUCAUAUUUUUGUGGUAAUUCAUUUGCUUCGGCUUUCUCAAAGUUAAAAGUGUAAUCCAGCUGGGUACCCAGUGCUCACUGUGUCUACAGGGGUAUCAGUUACACCCUGCUGACAAUGCACAAAGCAGGCCAAAAUGAACGCUCUGGGUUUCUGUAUCUCUCAUGCAGAGAGAACCUGCUGGCAUUUCGGUUCUGGACUGCCCUUAUGGGUGGAAUUAGUCUGAAAAGCCUUGGAAUAGGUUGUCUCUGUAAUGUCACAAGUCAGCAAACACUAUUUUGAGACCUGAACAGGGAUUUACCAAAGGGAAAGCUUUUGUUUUUCUCUAAACUUGUCCGUUCUCAUAUUAUCUGUUUUUUUCAUAAACCAUGCGUGCCAUUCAUAUGUUUUUCCAACUCCCAGGCAGUACAAACCGUCAAUGACAGCCAUAAUGCAAUUCCCCAGUUUAGAGGUACUACAGUGAGGCAAAGUUGUCAGAAUUUAGUUUGGAAACGGUGCUGACCACCAUUCAGUAGGAAUACCACAUACAGAGAAAAACACAAUACAAUAAGGUAAAAGGGAAAAACAUGUAUACACACUGAUAAAGCAUAAAUGACGAUAACACAAAUGUUAAACAAAUAAAAUUGUGAAGGCUAGCAAUGGGAUACAAGACUGUAUGGAUGACUCAGGUUUCAGGCAAUGGGCUAGACCUUAUGGGACUGUGGCCUCCAGGAUACAAGAGCAGGCCUCUAGGACUCCAGCCUUUUUGGAUACAGCGGCAGGGAUAGGAAGUUACAGCUCCCUCUUCCUACUCACUGAUCCACGGGAGCAGCUCUGCCCAGAGAGUCCAAACAGCAGCUCCCAGCCUGCAGAGACAGCCAACAGCUCAAGGACUCCAGUCUUCAUGAUACCUAGAGAGCAGAGGCAUAACUAGAAACCACCGGGCCCCGGUGCAAAUAUUGCCCUGGGACUUCCUCCAUAUGUCUCAUCCCUCUCAUUAGUUCCCCCUAGGCCUUCCAUGUGUCUUAUUCCUGCCCGCACCAUGGCCCCCCAUGUACCUUUCCCCCACCCCUAGCCCAGGGGCGUAUUAGCCGCGAGGCAAACAAGGCAUUUGCCUCGGGCGGCACUUUUCAGGGGGCGGCAAAAAACGCUGCCCCCAAAUGCCCAGGGCAAAUGAAUUGUUAGCCUUGCGGGUAACAGACAUGCCGGUCGGGCUGGGCGGCGCUGGGCGGGCGGCUGGCGAGGGAGCUCUUCCUCUGAGCUGACUGCUCAGCUCCUUCGCGCGCUGCAGAGUGAGGCUGGGAGCCGGGUUGAUGACGUCAUCUUCUGUCUCUCAGCCUCACUCUGCGGCGCGCGAGGGAGCUGAGCAGGCCGCUCAGAGGAAGAGCUCCCUCGCCAGCCCCCCGCACAGCAGCCAGCGCUGCUCAGCCCGACCGGCAGCCAGUGGACCACCAGGGAGAGAGAGACCCCCCCCAGCACUGCCAAAGGUAAGGAGGCUGGGGGGGGCGGAUUAAAAAAAGUAAAUGUGAGUGUGUGUUUGUGUCUGACUGUGUGUGUGUGUGUGUCUGACUGUGUGUGUGUCUGACUGUGUGUGUGUGUGUUUUGUGUCUGACUGUGUGUGUGUGUGUGUGUCUGACUGUGUGUGUGUGUCUGACUGUGUGUGUGUGUGUGUGUGUGUCUGACUGUGUGUGUUUGUGUCUGUGUGUGUGUGUCUGUCUGACUGUGUGUGUGUGUGUGUGUGUGUGUGUGUCUGACUGUGUGUGUGUGUGUGUGUCUGACUGUGUGUGUGUGUGUUUGUGUGUCUGACUGUGUGUGUGUGUGUGUUUGUGUCUGACUGUGUGUGUGUUUGUGUCUGACUGUGUGUGUGUUUGUGUCUGACUGUGUUUGGGUCUGUGUAUGUGUCUGACUGUGUUUGUGUGUGUGUGUGUGUAUGUGUCUGACUCUGUGUGUGUUUGUGUGUGUCUGACUGUGUGUGUGUGUGUGUAUUUAGAAGGUGGGGGGGAAGGGUUGGGUGGGGGUGGCGCGGGGGGAGUGGGGUGCCUGAGUUUUGACCUGCCUAGGGCAGCACAAAACCAGGAUACACCACUGCCCUAGCCUGUCUGUGUGUCUCAUUCCCACUGCACCAAAUCCCCUCCAUAUGUCUCAUUUCCUCUUCCCAGAGAAACCUCUGAGAGAUGCAAGAAAACAAAAUGUGGGGUCUGGCUGACUAUAAAACAAUUAACUUAUGUGAAGAAAAUGGACUUUUAAUUGACAUUUUCUUCUUUGUUCUGUAUUUUUCCUGUUUUACCACCUGUAUAUUGAAUGUAUUGGUUCAGUAGUUUGAAACUACUGAACGCCGACCACCCUCCUGGCUCAUUAACUACAAAGGAAUUAGCUAUUAAGUGCUCCCUGGGCGGCCGCUGUUCGUACAGCCGAACGCCACGUGGAAUAGAAAACGGCGGCCAUCUUGUUCGCACGAGGGGAGUCAGCGGGACUUGGUCGUCGAGUGUCUGGAACUAAAAUCGGACACUCGACCUCGCGAAACACCGCUGAAACUACCGAACGCCGGCUUCUUGUAUUUCCCGAACAGCCAGGGAAGUGCUGUUUGGUAGUUCUGUGCGAACGGACAAGGGGAGCAAUCGCUACUAUGAGCCAGGGGGAUCCAUUCAGGACUUUUGUUCGGUUUUUGUCUAUUAGUGAAUUGACCAACCGCACACGCUGAAUUCAUGGAACUGUUUUGGGCAGGAGCCGCAUGUGUGGUCGGUAAAAGGGACCCUCCACACUUUUUCAGAACCCCUGAACCGAUCUGGGUGAAAUUUGGAUAUGUUUGUCCCCCAGAUCGGGUCUAUCAGGGGAUAUGUAAUUUGUGGGGAUACCUGGUAGGGAAAGGGGUGUUCUGAGUUUUGGGGAAAUUGUGUGCUCUCUGCCUGGAGAUAAUUGAUUUAUUCCUGAACUUAUCUCAAUAUCUCCCAGGCAGAGAGAAGGCAUGUAUUACUGUAAAUCUGUGUGUUGAUUGGCUGUUGUCUUUGUUUGCUGUGGGAGGUCCUCUUGCAGGAGGAUUUCUCAUAAAAGCCUGUGUGUGUCAAUAAAAUUAAUUCCUGUUACACCCUUCAUGAAGUCUAGGCUCAUGUUUGGGGGAUAUUCUAUUUGCUUGGAAAAAUCACCUUGGAACUGCAUUUCAUCUACCUUAUUCCUCUAACCCCUGCUGCAGCUAUAAUCACUUAUGCUCAGCUGUUGGGGAAAGGGAACAGAAGACCGCAGCAUCUUAACCACUGCAGAUCUUACCUUUUUUUGUGAAAUGUGUCAAUUUUCUUGUUGCUUCCAUCUCUCUAACAGCCAACCAUCCUCCUGUCAUUAUGUAACAGUGUGACAUGUCCCCUUUCUGCUACACACACUGCAUUCACCUCUUUCUCCGUCCCAGUCUGCAGACCUGAACCUCUGCUGGCUAGUAAGACAGGAAGGAAAGGAGUGGACAGUGAGUGCUGAUGAGAGAGGAUUCAGAGUUUGUGAUUAAUGAGUGAGAGAAGAUGAGAGCUUGGGGGCUUCUAAUAUGGCCAGACAGACUAUGCUGAUAGAUGGAAGACAGAGAUUGACAUAGAGUUUGUGCAAUCUUAAAACAGCAUUCUGCAAGUGUAUUUCACCAGAUACAAGACACCUGGAAGGUAUAACUGUAAUCUUUUUCAUCUUUAGGAUUCUGUGAUUAGGUCCAAUCAGCAACAGGCCCAAAAGACUCUUUGUCUGGCACUGCUUGUUGUAGCUACCCCAAACAGAAAAUGUAAUUCAUUUGAAUGUUAUAAAUAAUAAACACUGCAUACCUUUAUUUUGGAUUUCAUUCUCUGCCAUACAAGAUUCUGUCUUUUCUCCCACUAGGGAAAUAAAAAUGGUGGCAGCGUCUGGCAGCUGGACUCAUUGGCUCAUUGUAAACAGCGGUCAGAGAGACUCACACUGGCAUCUGUAAUAGUAAGUGUGCAGAAUACACUGGGUAUCCACUGCAUUAAAACCACCGCCUGAACGUCAGUCUUAUCUAACCCACUGUAAUUACCAAGUUCAGCAGCAGAAGUUAGUGAGUUACAGGUUUGCAAUAUAGUGACUCCUGCUUAGAAUGUAUUAACUGCUUAACAUAGCCUCCUCCAAUAUAUUCCUCAGCCAAAGAACUCGGGAAUUAUGAGAAUGAUAAAAAUAUAACCGAUAUGUUAAAAAUCAUACUAAACCACCUGUGAAAUUACCACCAGUCCUGAGUCUCUGUUAACCAGCACACAUUUAAUAAUUUUCCUACUAAAUAGUUAGGAAAAAAGUUCACUCAAAGUGACAAACAGGAGGAGGGUGUCCAGAGCACCCCAUUCCCACUCUGUCACUCACUAUAGGGUGAGGGCAUGAACGUGGCACAUCCGCUGCAUAUUAUCCUAUCUAUACAAACACUAGGGGACACCGGGUGACAUGGGGACACUGAGACACUUGGGGGCAUUGAGAGACAUGGGGACACUGGGGGGCACAGGGAGACAUGGGUACACUGGGUAACUUUGAGACCUGGGAGACAUGGGGCACUCCCCAUGUCCCCAUGUCUUCCAGCCAGUGUCCCUAGUAUUUCAGUGUCCCCAUGUCUCCCAGUGUCCCUGGUGUCUCUCAGUGUCUGUAGUGUGUCAGUGUUUCCUAGUCUCCCAAAGUCCUCUAGUCUCCCAGUGUCCCAAUGUCUCCCAGUGUCUCAGUGUCCUCUAUUAUUAAAGAAAAAAAUCUCAGGCACUCACUGUGAUAGAUUUAAGCAGGUUUAUUGGACACUGCAGUGUUUUGACCUGUACCCAGGUCUUUAUCAAGUCUCCAGUGUCCCCUAUGUAUCUCAGUGUCUCAGUACCCCAUGUCUCCCAGUGUCCCUGGUGUAUCUCAGUGUCCAUAGUGUCUCAGUGUCCCCUAGUCUCCCAGUGUCCCCAUGUCUCACAGUGCCCCCAAGUGUCUCAGUAGCCCCUAGUAUAAAAGAAAAAAAAUCUCAGGCACAAGUCUCCAGUGUCCCCUAAAUAUAACAGUGUCCCCUUUGUAUCCCAGUGUCUCAGUGCCCCAUGUCUCCCAGUGCCCCUCAUGUCUCAAAGUCACCCAGUGUCCCCAAGUGUCUGUGUCCCAUGGUCUCUCAGUGACCCCAUGUCUCCCAGUGUCCCAAUGUCUCUCAAUGUCCCCUAGUGUCCUCGUAAAAUGGGGACACUGGGAGACAUUGGGGCACAGACACUAAGGCACUGGGAGACAUGGGGACACAGACAUGCCUCCUUUUUGGGUAUGUUCGCCCCUUUUGGCAGUUCUUGUUAUGUGAUUUGUGUCAGUGGCUCACCCUUUUAUCCCAUCACCAGACUUCCAGCAUUACUGGACACUGCUGUUAAUGUCCAGUGUUUUAGUCUUAAGGGGCUAGACAAUAUGAUUCAGACACCUUUAGAAAUGUACCAUGGAGAUGCCAACGUAAGAUUUUAUGGCCUAGAUUGCGAUGAAGGGAUAGACUGUCUUUGGUUCCUAUAGAGGUAAAUAUUUAUCAUAUCCAUUUACAACACCUGCUAAAUAGCUCCAAUGCGUAUUCAACAAAUGUGGAAAAGUAUGUGGAAGAAUUGAUAUAAAGAAACUCUUGUCAUUGUCCUCAGGCAUCACCGGGGCAAAACCGAACACGAAUCACUGAAUUCCUGCUGCUGGCAUUUGGUAAACGUCAAUACUUCAAUGCGCUCCUUUUUGUUCUGUUUCUGGUAUUCUACCUCAUAUCCUUACUGGGAAAUAUUUUGGUUAUUUCUUUGGUUGUGAUGAAUCAAAGUCUCCAUUCUCCCAUGUACUUUUUUCUCAGCCAGAUGUCCGUGUCGGAAAUUCUAUUCACCAGCAGUAUUGUGCCAAACAUGCUGCAUCUCGUUCUGGCUGGAGGAGCCAAUGUGUCAGUCUCUAGAUGCAUUAUUCAGUUUUGUCUCUUGGGUGUGCCAACUAUUGCCCAAUGCUUUAUCCUAGCUGUGAUGUCCUUCGAUCGAUAUGUCGCCAUUUGUAAUCCUUUCCACUACACACAAAUCAUGACCUUCAAUCUACAGGUUCGUGCUUCCAUUGGUUGUUGGAUGUUUGGAUUUUUAUUGAGUCUUAUUAUUUAUUUUUUUCUCCAUAAGUUAGAAUUCUGUGAUUCCAACAUCAUUGACCAUUACUACUGUGAUAUUGCUCCAGUGUUAAAACUUUCCUGUUCAGAUACCAGGACCGUGGAGCUAUUGACAUCUUUGCUUUCUGCUCCUCUUGUUCUCUCUCCGUUACUCUUUAUCAUUGUAACGUACACUUCCAUUCUUCUCACCAUCCUGAAGAUCCCAACCAUCAGCGGGAGACAGAAAGCAUUCUCCACCUGCAGUUCCCACCUGAGCAUUGUGUGUAUGUAUUAUGGCACGCUAGCAACCAUUUAUAUAUUUAAACCCAAAGACAGCUCACUGGAUGUGAAUAAGAUUCUGUCUUUGUUAUAUACAUUGGUAACCCCAUCGCUAAAUCCUAUUGUCUAUAGCCUGAGAAAUCAAGUUAUCAGAAAAGCUGCUGAGAAAUCCUUCCAAAUCAGGAGGAAACAGAUACAGAUUUAA